AUGAUGUUUCCCGAGAGAAAAAAGUCACCAGCCCUUCUUCAUUUCUUCCUAUAAGUCUCACGGACGCAUCGUGGGCCUCAAAGGCCCAAUUUUAUCUGGCAUCAAAUUGUUCGAGUUAAAGAUAUGGGCUCAGCCCAACCCAUACAACUGAGAAAUGAACGUUGUAUCUGAGCUAUAAAGUUAACCAAUCAGGCGAACUGCCUUCACCAGCGGCGAUGUCUGAGGCGGAGAGUGAGGGAAAGGGCGAGAAACUGCGCCUGAUAUUUACGUACGGUACGCUGAAGAUAGGAUUUCCGAACCACUCGCUCCUGGAGGAUUUGAUUGGCAAGAACGACGCCGUUUUCAGGGGAAGCUGCGUGACCACCGAGCACUUCCCUCUGGUGUGCGGGUUGUAUGGCGUGCCUUACCUCGUCCACUUGCCCGGGUCAGGCAAUCAGGUCAAGGGAGAGCUGUAUGGAGUAACAAGCCGAGGCCUGGCCCGACUCGAUGAGCUCGAAGGAGUGAAGAUCAAACACUACGAGCGCCGCCCUAUUCGGGUGGCGAUGGACGGAUCGGGGGAAGAGGCGGAGGCAGAGGCAUAUUUCGCGCACGGCGGCUACGGCGAAGCCCUGUGGAAGAAGAGAGGAGAAGUUGGGAUGAGCGAGUACACAUCGGAGAAUGGGUUGGAUUACGUGAGGAUGGAGCAGAGAGCACAGGACAAGAGUCUUGUUGAAGAGCUUUUGGAGUUAGUGGGCUCAGCUCCCAGUAGUGCUGUCGAUUGAAUUUGGGAGAAAUCAACCAGAAAUGAUCAGUGGAAAUUGUUCCUGCAAUCAUGGAGGAAUUAUUACUGUAGUUAGCAGCAAUAUUUUAAUGUUCACUUUUGAGUCAUGUUGUUAUUAAUGGAUGGAUGCAUACACCAUUAUUAAGUAUAUCCUCCAAUUAUGCUCUUGCUUAAUGAUUCAGGUGAUGACAUUGAAUAUGAAUGAAUUACUAUUCAACUAAUAAUUGGUUGAUUAUUAGUACAA